UGUUAAGCCCAAGCGAUUUGACUCAGAAAAAGCCCAUUAAACUGAAUCUCUUUGAAGAGUAAUUCAUCUCAAACCCUGCCAAAACCCUAGGAAACUCUGAGCAGCACAGAGCUGAAGUAGCCGAGCACAAGAAGAAGAAGUAGAAGAAGAAGAGGAAGAAGAAAAUGGGAAAGUUCCCACCAUCACUGCGUUCAACAAUCUCAACUACGCUCAUGAAAAAGCAAUCUUCUGUUAUUCCUGCAAAGUCCCCAGCCCCACCCCCGCCUCUAAAUUCCCGUCACUUUCCCAAGAAACCCACCAGGAGAACAACCCCACAACUUUCAGGGAAAACCCAAGACUCCUCCUCCUCUCCCCCACCGUCCCCUUUCAAAUCCCCAAACCUCUCUGAUGCCAAGAAGCUCAUCGACUCCAUCAUCUCCUCCACCAACGCCAGAGUCCUGCUCGACCUUCGCUUCCACAACUCUCUCCUCCAAUCCUAUGCCUCCAUCUCCACCGUCCACGACUCCAUCUCGCUCCUCCGCCACAUGGUCAAGUCCCACCCUUCCUUCUCCCCCGACCGAUUCACCUACAACAUCCUACUCUCCCAGUCCUGCAAAGAACCCGACUGCACUCUCGCCUCUGUUCACCAGACCCUCAAUCUUAUGCUCACCAAUGGGUUUGAACCUGAUAGGGUCACCACAGAUAUUGCCGUCCGGUCGCUCUGCUUAGCGGGUCGAAUUGAGCAUGCUAUUGAAUUGGUAAAAGAAUUAUCUUCAAAACACACUAAGCCUGAUACUUAUACGUAUAAUUUUCUUGUUAAGCAUCUCUGUAAGUCCAGGGCUUUGAGCACGGUCUAUAAUUUUAUUGAUGAUAUGCGAAACUCCUUUGAUUUGAAGCCUGAUCUUAUUACUUAUACAAUUUUGAUUGAUAAUGUGUGUAAUACAAAGAAUCUCCGCGAGGCGAUGAGGUUGGUGGGUGUGCUUAAUGAGGAGGGGUUUAAGCCUGAUUGCUUUGUUUACAAUACAAUUAUGAAGGGCUAUUGUAUGUUAAGUAGAGGGAGUGAAGCAAUUGGGGUUUAUAAUAAAAUGAAGGAGGAAGGCGUGGAGCCUGAUCUUGUUACAUAUAACACAUUGAUUUUUGGGUUGUCGAAGGCCGGCCGGGUUAGGGAAGCUAGGAAGCUUCUGGGUAUUAUGGCGGAGAAGGGUCAUUUCCCAGAUGCUGUUACGUACACUUCGCUGAUGAAUGGGAUGUGUCGGGAGGGGGAUGCUUUGGGUGCAUUGGCGUUGUUGGAGGAGAUGGAAGCAAAGGGGUGUAGUCCUAAUUCUUGCACUUACAAUACGCUGCUUAAUGGAUUGUGCAAGUCUAGAAUUUUGGAAAAAGGGAUUGAACUGUAUGGGGUGAUGAAAUCAGAGAAUAUGAAGCUUGAGACGGCGGCCUAUGCUACCUUCGUGAGGGCACUUUGUAGGGAAGGGAGGGUAGCAGAAGCUUAUGAAGUGUUUGAUUAUGCGGUUGAGAGUAAGAGUUUAAUGGAUGUUGCUGCUUACACAACAUUGGAAAGUUCGCUUAAAUGGCUGAAGAAAGCUAAAGAACAGGGCCAUGCUAUCUAACUGGUCUUGACAGAAGUGACACCAUCCUCUCAUUCAUUGCCACGAGCUCUCUUGUGCUGAGGUUGUUGUAGGUUCUAUUGUUGACUUGAGUCGUCAAUGAGCAUUUCUUGUUCAAAGAAGAAGACUCUGUGCAAGUGUUACAUUACUAUCCUUGGUACACAAGGGCUUGCAGCUGUUUCAGUGAAAUUGGAAGUGGUUGCAACAAAAUGCCCUGAUUGGAUGGUCCUGAGCUUGAAGUGGUUGUCCAAGAAAUCUAUUGUACUAUCCCUGGUGCACAAAAGGCUUGCAGCAGUAUGGUUGAAUUAAUUGAGAGAGCAAUAUAUCGCCAACUCAAGUAGGUAGAGCCAGGUGAACCAUUGGCUGAUGGUAUUUUUAUUUUUUUUGGCUUUAGUUUACCUCCCCAAUCCUCCUCUCAGUAUUGUCAUCGUGUGGCAUUAGUAUACCAUACUAUAAGCUCAUUAUUGUUGAUUAGCUAAUCUAGGCCAUAGUAUUUCUUGUCACCUAGAUACUUGGUUUUUAUGUGGUAAAAAUGUUGUUUCUAGUCUGAUUAGUCAGAAAGCACGUGCGUCUAUAUUGUUAGGUUAGAGGGUUUCCUGGAAGCUCAUAUACCUAUUAUUUACUUAUGUAAUAAUGGCUCUUUUUCUAGAAGCUCAUAAUAGGGUCCACUUUCUCUGUCCUCAGAAGAGUCUAGUGACUCUUUCCCUUUUAUUUUGCUUUGACAUCAGCCAUCUCCUUCUUUGUUCUCUUUCUCUUUCUGGGUUUCAACCUAUUGUCACCUGUCUCUUGUUAUCCCCUCCAAAAAACCCAACUUUCCCAGAAAUCCUUUCUCCUAAAGAGCCCAAGCGACCUUCUUUAUGUACCUCUUUGUAGGAUAUCAAUGGCCAAAAGAUCCUUCAAGUUAGGGUAUUUCUGGAUCAGAAGAUCCUUAACAUUUUGAUGAUCAUGAUAAUGACAAUGAUGAUGAGGGUGAUAAAGAAGAAGAAGAAGAUGAUCUAGAAUAUAUAAGGAAGAAGGUUAUAAUAAGGAUAGUCUCAGCUGGGCAGAGAAUCAGUGCUUUGGGACCCAUCUUGAAUUGUAUUUGUAUUAUUAAUAUUAACAAUAUUAGUAGCAUUGGUUCAUUAUGUUGCUAGGCUGAUGGAUGUGGUAUGGACUUGAGACUGGCGAAGACAUGUCACAAUCACCAUAAGGUUUGCGAGUGGCAAGCCAAGGUACUUUCGUUCUAGUCAGCAGUGUUUGCCAGCGGUUUUGCCAGCAAUUGUAAAAAGUAUCGAACUUUUCCUCUUUUUUGUGUUAGAAGAGCUUAUGUGGUUUUGUAAUGCAAAUGGGUCUUUGUGGUUUUUCUUCUUUGUCGAUUGUUAUGGAUUGCAGUGAAUUGGGUGUUAUUCUUUGCC